GCUGCACACAGUUUAGAUAAAACUCGGAUUAGACCUUUAUAUGCAAUUAGUUGGUACUUAGUAUUCUUCAUCAUUCUUUAGAAAAGAACCCAAAAAAUUAAAAAAUCUUCAAAUCAAGUACAAAAAAUUGAGAAUAUUAAAUAUAAUUACUUUGAUUAACACAAAAUAGAUUUGAAAUUUGAUUUUUUAUUCUUAAAACAAAAAGGGUUCAUUCAUUCCACAAUAUAGCGUUGAAAAAAAGCAACUCUUUCAUCUACUUUCAUUGCCACAUCCAUAAAAUCCAAAGCAUCCCCCUCUCUCUCAUAAUUCAUUUCCAUUUUUUCUUUUGGAUUCUACAAUCAUCAAAUUUCUCUCAGGCUUUUCAUCGAGCAGGAGCUAUGAUACGGCUGUUCAAAGUAAAGGAAAAGCAGAGAGAACUUGCUGAAAACGCAAAUGGCGGAUCACCUAUCAAAAAGCAAUCUGCAGGGGAGUUGCGUUUACACAAAGACAUUUCUGAGCUGAACCUGCCUAAAUCAUGUUCCAUAUCAUUUCCAAAUGGAAAGGAUGACCUGAUGAAUUUCGAGGUUUCAAUUCGACCUGAUGAAGGAUAUUAUUUCGGUGGCACGUUUUUGUUCUCCUUCCAAGUUUCUCCCAUCUAUCCGCAUGAGGCACCAAAAGUUAAAUGCAAGACCAAGGUCUACCAUCCAAAUAUUGACUUGGAAGGAAAUGUUUGCUUAAACAUCUUGCGUGAAGACUGGAAACCAGUGCUAAAUAUAAACACUGUAAUCUACGGAUUAUACCAUCUUUUCACGGAGCCAAAUUAUGAGGAUCCCCUCAAUCAUGAUGCUGCUGCAGUGUUGAGGGAUAAUCCGAAGAUGUUUGAAUCAAAUGUGAAAAGGGCUAUGUAUGGUGGGUAUGUGGGGCAAACCUAUUUCCCACGGUGCAUGUAGCUUUUACGAGGUAGCUGAAAGCGCAAACUCGCUAUGUUAUGGACAGUUGGGUUUCUGUGGGUUGUAUAAUUUGUCUGGAAAUUACCCUUUGUCAUCCCCUUUGAUUUUCUCAGUGAAUCUGAGUGAAAUAUUUUCUACAAGACCAAGCAGCUGAAAUUCUAGUUGUGUUUUACUUUAGCUUUCCUAAUGCUAUAUUGUAUGUUGGUGUGGCAUUUAUCAUCUUAAAUGUAGAAUUAGGAUAGACUGAAUUUUAUGCACCGGCUUAGAACAUGAUAUUCUUCCUUAAUGCCUCUCAAUCUGAAAAUCAAGAUGUUGUCUUUGUUUCUUGCACCUAUUUUUUAUUUAUGAUAUGAUAUCCGAUGUGCUUGUUGAACAA